UUUCGGAGCAGACAUACAUCCAAGUCCCUCCUUCGACACUUGCUAUCAGUUACUUUCCUAUUCCAAACCUCUCCCGACGCUACCAACUCCUUUUUUGGCCCACAACACUCUUGCUAUUGGCGCACCCUAUAGCAAAUCGUUGACCAUGAACAGGCCAACAAACGCUAUCGCAAUAAGGAACCGAGUGUGCAGCAUCGUGGAGUUCCGAGACAGAAGGAGCUUAGAAGAAUAGAGUUUUUCAGGCGGCAUAGUGGCAUGGAACCGAGACCCGCUCUCAUCUUCCAUUCACUGCCUUCCUUGCUUUCAUUCUUCCCGUGCUUUGGCGCCUGCCAUGCAUGCCCCAGUACCUACCGCUACCUCACAACAGCAACCGCGAUCCACCAACACCUCUGCCAUGGGCCUCGGCACCGAUUUUCGAUCAUGAGUGCGUGUAAUAGAGCCCCGGUCGAGACCAACCGCUCCCCACAAACGCACAUCCAUUCUCAGCGCUCCGCCAGCUUUCAAUGCUCGAUUCACUUCCUCCUGCAGGUUCCUACACCUUCCACUGCCUCUCGCGGCUCUUUCAUGACCUAGUGCACGGAGUCCAGAUUUAUCUUGUAUUUUAAGGCCAUAAGGGUAGGACUACAAAUGUAUUUCUACAGAGAUAGUCAUACCACGGC